GUUCGAUCACUCCGCCGAUUUCUCGACACCGCAGCAUAUUGCGCAUACUAUCAGCGACCACGCCCGAUCACCCAACCACCACCGCAUCGCGUGACAGUGCGUGUAUACAAUCAUCAGGCCUGACGUUACGACAUUGGCCGAGGCAUUCGCGGGGAUGGCUGUCUCUAUCAUCGAGGCACAACGAGAGAUCAUUCUCAGCACAAUCAGUCAAAUUACCCGCGGCGACUGGAAGGUCCUUGUCCUCGACCACGAUAGCAAACGCCUGAUCGACAAUGUGUUAGAACAAGAUGCGAUCUUGAAUGAGAACAUCACGAAUAUCGAACAGAUCACGGAUCGACGAACAAAUAAUCGAGAUGUCGAUGCCAUAUACCUGCUCACACCACACCCCCACAUCGUGGACUGUGUCAUGGCAGAUUUGGAUAAGAGAAAGUAUCGCAGCGCAUAUCUAGUAUGGACAUCGUUACUUCACCCGACACUCAGAGAUCGCAUCGACAAGUCACAAACGGCACGGAGCCAAAUCAGACUCUUUAAGGUGCUGAACGUAGAGUUCUACCCGCGCGAGUCCCAUCUUAUCACGUUCCGUGACCCUUGGAGUUUCCCGACGUUGUUCCACCCAGCAUGCUCAUCGCUGAUCCGUCAGCAUCUGGAAGAUAUUGCUCAAAAGAUUGUGGGAGUCUGUGUUUCACUGGGUGAAUAUCCCGUCAUUCGGUACUAUCGACCCAGAGCCGCCACACACGAGGCACAGAUACUAUGUUCGCAUUUGGCCAAAUUUGUUCAAGAUGAGCUGGAUUUGUACGCCAAAUUCCAUGAUGACUUCCCGCCAAGAACAUCACGACCGCGUGGGGCGCUUUAUAUCGUGGAUCGAUCGAUGGACUUGUCUGCACCACUGCUCCAUGAAUUCACCUACCAGGCCAUGGCGCAUGAUCUACUCCCAAUAAAAGAAGGGGACAAAGUAACGUACCGUACUCUGGUCAACGAGGGUCAGCCUGAUGCUGAAGAGAAGGACGUUGAGAUCACUGAGAAGGACAAGAUCUGGAUUGAGAAUCGGCAUCGGCACAUGAAAGACACCAUUGAAAAGUUGAUGUCUGACUUUCAGAAAUUCAUUCGCGAUAAUCCCAAUUUUACUAAAUCUGGGGAUGCAGCGAGCUUGAACGCGAUUAAGGAUAUGCUGGCUGGUUUACCUCAAUUUCAGGAGCUAAAGGAGGCAUAUGCCCUGCAUCUCAGCAUGGCACAAGAGAGUAUGAACCGUUUUCAAAAAUACAAGCUCGCGGAUCUGGCUUCGAUAGAGCAGAUACUUGCCACUGGGCUUGACGAAGAAUACAAGAAGCCGAAGGGCCUUGCAGAUCAAAUCGUGCGCAUGCUUGACGACGACGGUGUCCGACCGACGGAUCGACUACGUGUGCUUAUGCUAUAUCUUAUUUUCAAAGACGGACUACUACCAGCUGACACACAAAAACUUCUCCAACAUGCGCAAUUGCCAGCUCAAGAUGGCGAAGUCAUUCGAAACAUGGAUUUGUUGGGUGCCCGAACAACGCGAGGCUUGAAAGACCCCCGUCCUGCACCUGGUCUACUAUUUCCGAGGAAGCCAGUGCCCGCCAAUUUACAAGAUGAGUACAGUCUCAGUCGUUACGAGACCGUCCUCCAAAAUCUGCUUGAAGCCCACGGCAACAACACCCUCGACGCAACGCUAUUUCCCUACACGAAACCGCCGCUUGACAUUGGCGACGAUCCGACAAUGGCAGCAAACCCCGCCGCCGCUGCGGCUUCCCUCCGAACAACUGCGAAACCUACUUGGGCUCGUAAUAACCGUGCCGCGAACUCAAACUCUGCCUCGGAGACUCGCCAAAGAGUUAUUGUUUUCAUGGCAGGUGGGGCUACCUAUUCCGAGUCCCGCGCGUGCUCUGUAGUCGGCCGCGGGUCUUCGGGUCCCUCUUCAGCUGGAUACCAACAGCAGCAACAGCGGGAGAUCUACCUCGUCUCGUCGCACAUGCUUACACCACUUUUGUUCAUUCGACAACUGGCCGAUCUCUCCACUGAUCGACGCCGCUUAAACAUCCCCGCGGAUUUGCCUAAACCUGUGGCUCCAAAGCAUUUGUUUGAGCCGGAUCCACAGCCCAAACCUGUUGCUCCACCAUCACAACAGCAGGCUCCGGCAAGACCCCACCAUGCGCUCCCAACCCAAGCUAUGAACCAGAUGAAUAUCAACAGUGCAGGGCCGUCAGCAAACAGUUCUGCAAAAUUGUCAAAAGAACCAGCUGCCGAGAAAGAGAAGAAGAGGAAGGGGCUGCUUGGCUUUGGAAAGAGCAAAUCCUAGCAGAAUUUACCAUAUUUCAUGUUGCUUUGAUGACUUGCUGACGCUUUCGUUUGUCUGCGUUGCGCUGCAUAUACUGCUAAAACGGAUUGAUCGACAGCACGUUCAAUAAAGAAAAGCAUUUGUUACUGUGACU